UUUUUUCACGACGAGAAGAUGGCGGAUGCCUCAAAUGAUUGUGGGGCAGAUGAACCCGACAUACAGGCAACCCGGAAGAGAUUUGAAGUAUUAGACAAAAAGUAUAGACAUUUAAAAGGGUUAUCUCAAAGAGCGGUUAUUGAAUUCGAAGCACUGCAAGAAAAAUGUCAGGAUUACUAUGAAAAGUACAAGGAACAAGAAGGAAAAUAUUUAAAAAUCAAAGGGGAUCUAGAGAAAUUGAAAGAAGUUUCUAAUCUUGCCUUGGCUGAGUAUGAGAAUUUACAUGGCAAAUAUGAAGUGGAGCAGAACUGUAGAAACAAGGCUGAGGAGUUUGCUACAAAUAUGGUUCAGGAAAACAAGAAACUCAAGCGUCAGAGCCAACUACUCCUCUCACAAGUUGGUGGGCAGGUGAACCUUGAGGAGCUCUCUUCAGUUUCAACUGAUGAUCAACCUUUGAGUGUCGAUGCAGUUUUCCAAGAAGAAUUAAAAGAACUAAAACUGAUGGUGGAGUCCUUAAGAAAAGAGGUGAAAAGUACCCAAGAGGAAUUGACUGCAACACAAAAUCAGUUAAACAGUGAAAGGCAGUCCCAUGAGCUUACAAAGAAGAGGUUAAUGUCAAAUGAAAAACAGUUCAAGCAACUGAACAGAGUUUCUGUACUGGCUCUUGAGGAAUACAACACUUUGCAACAAAGAUACGCUCUUGAAACACAGUGUCGUGUUGAAGCUGAAAAGUACGCUGCUGAGGUGUUAAGAGAAAAAGAUGUUUUGGAUCAGCAGAGGAAGUACAUCUCUGAAACAACUAGCAAAGAUGAACAACUCAAGAAAGCUCUUGAGGAGAUCAGCUCACUAAACAAGAAACUUGCUGACGAAAGAACAGAAGCGGAGGAGAAGAUAAAGGAACUUCUUGAAGACAUGAAGGCCUCGAAGGACGAAGAGUAUAUCAGCGUUACAGAGGAGAAACUUCACGUGGCUGAGGAGCAUAUCGAGUCCUUGGAACAACAACUGGCAGACACCGAGAAGAAAGUCACUGAGGCAAAUCAGAAAGUGUCUGAACUGGAAAAAAGCUUAGAGGAAGCAAAGAAGCAGGCUGCUGCCACACCCCCUCCCCCACCGUCUCCAGUGGCACCACCACCACCACCCCCUCCACCACCCCCUCCACCUCCUCCCACACAGCUUAUCAAGAAGUUCAUGAACAUUGUGGGAGCAAAAAAGAGGUCUUCCCUAAAACGGAACAAAGCUCCUAAGGAUCCAAUGGCUGUUGCUAUGUCUGAAAUGAUGCAGAGAAUCAAGACUGGGAAUAUACAACUGAAACCUGUCAAAAGUCCUUCCACCACUAGCAGCGAGAGUGAUGACACAGAUGCCAUGUCAGAUUUAGGAAAUUUAUUGAAAACGUUAAAGAGAAAUCCAAGCGUUGAUGUUGGCCCAGGAGUAAGUUCUCCUGGAGCGGACGGUUCACCGGUUGAAUGGGCAAAUAUUAAACUACGUAAGCCGAGCUCCAGUGUAGAGUCUUCCAAGGAGACAUCCAACUCAGGAGACGCCGGAAAUGGCAACAAUGAACUAAAAAAGGUGGUAUUGAGGAAACCACGAAGCCAUUCUGCAGGGGACAUUCUUGACGAUAGACCAAAGGACGAGGCUACGGCAGAGCUGAAAAGGAUUCUACAGAGACAAAAAGCUGCUGCCGAGAAAGAAAAUGCGGAACAAAAUAGUAAGGGCGUGUGUGAAAAUGGAGCGGCUUGAAUGAUUCAGGUUGUGAGGGCUGAAAAUCUCAUCGUAAACAGAGGGGCUUUCUUACCAUCUGUUCAUUUGUUCAUGUUGGAACAGAGAACCUUAUAUUUAAAUGAAGCUGUACGCUCUUAGAGAAAAUAUUUAGAAUUAGAUUAAUAUCUCGUCAUGGAUGAAAAGGAAUAGUGAAGAGAAAAAACCUCGUCUGGUUUUUUGUAAUACCUCAUUGUUAGGGCUCGAUUUAAUAUUCACUUGGGUUUUCUCUUUAGCUUGGAUGAUUUUAAGUACGAUGGAGGAUUUGUGUCAAAAGCAAAAGACAGAUUUUGACGCAAAUGUGUAUCGAUACUUACGAAAAUAAUUUCAGAUGCUUUGAAGCUCGUGGAAGAAAACGAAAGUUGGGGUAUGAAAAGAAGGAGAAUUCAUAAAAUAACAGAAGAUUUCUUCAAGUAGGGUGUAAGCUAUGUAAGUAAAUGCACUCUUAAAAACCCCAAAUUCCAGUAGCGGUAUCACGAUUGCGAUUGCGAUUAUUAGAGGACGUUUGAACCGUGACAUCAGUAUGCAUAUUCUCCACAUUGUUUGCUGUGCGUUUUCUUUGUUAAUGACAAGGAGAAUAUUUUUAACGAUCAAGAACUUCUUAAGCUGGCGAUCAUUUCCUUUCUUCACAUGAGCUUAAUGUUUGAUUCAGUGGCAAUACUGUAAAAAUAAAUUAGAUUACAGUCAUUCUUGUGGGAUUAAGGGUUGAACAAUUUUGAAAAUCUUUUUCUUUUUUGUUUGCCUUUUGUGUAGCUUCGUCACUAAAGGGAAGGAAGAUUUUGUAGUAGCCUGUGAGCUAAUUCGUUCUAAUUUUACUUUGUUUGAAUGAAGUAUUUUGAUAUUGUGAUCCAUUCUGAUAUAAAGACGCGAUUUACGUAAACAGAGAAGUCAAGAAAAUGUUAUUAAGUUAUUAAGAUUUUGUUUCAUUGGUUCAUAGGAUGAGACGAUUCCACCAAAACUAAAUUUUCCUUAAAAAAGAGGCCAGAGGUUCCUCUCGAUGAACUUCUGUUAGCAAUUCUAUAUAUGAAUACUUUCGAGGUCCUCAAGGUACCAAUUUAGGAGGAGUUUCGCGCAAAACGGGCAAAUAGGGAACGUCCCCAGAGAGAUACACUACAUGUUUGAAAGUAGAAGUUGUCAGAAUUCGUGAAAUAUUUUUUAUAAAAAGAAAAUAAAUAUUGAAUCAUAUUUGAGUGUAAAUUAGAGCUAGUCCUGGCAUUUAAUCGAACUUAGAAUUUUUUAAGACAAUUUUUUAAAUUAGUCUUCUGUAGCGAUACACUGUGCAAACUCUUAGUGAGACAUUAAUUAAUGUAAACUUCUAUGAUUUACAUCGAUACAGCUUCAGAACGUAAUUUGAUUUUGCUUCGCAGUUUGAUCAGGACAAAGAAGAUACCUACUGCUUGUAUACGAAAACAGUCCUUUGACGCAGGUUGUUCUAAACAUACACGGCAGUUUUCGUUGUCCUAUUUGAUUGGCGUUUUUGGGAGGCGAGCACUUCAUAAGUAAUUGACACGGCCGUCUCAAUUUCGCGCCCAUGCACUUUACUUUUGAAACAUGUCUGUACAGGAGCAGAUUUUUGGUAUGAAAUAAAUUUUCCUUGUCUUA